ACUUCUAAAGCACUUUUUUUCAAAGCUAAGCCCCAGCUUUUUUUUUGUAAUGUUGAGCAGAAGCUCACAGACCUACAGUACACUGGCAGCACAGGCAACCUAAACAUCUGCUCCUUAUAGAAGCCCCUUGAACUGCCCCCCUUCACUUCUCCUCCUACUUUCCCUCUCUCUCUCUCUCUGCUCUCUCACUUUCCUUGGCUGCUGUAUCAAGCAGCUCCUGAAGCACUGAUCCCUUUCUUCUGAUUUUUUUUUCUUUUCCUUCCCUCCAAGUCAUGUUUAUUUGCUGGCCAGGAGCAAACUGCUUCUGCUUCUUCUGAGCCUCCACUUUGCCUGGGACGCAAGAGGAGUUGCUUUCUUGGCUGUGCAGCAGGAGAGGAGGAGGAGGGGGUGAGAAGAGUUUGAAAGAAGAAGAAGAAGAGGCUCCGCCGGAGAGAGGAAGGCAGGGAAAAUUACAAACAGGCAGAUCUAUUGCCAGAUUUACUUGCUGGAUACUUUGUCGCCCACAUGGCUUGCAACAGGUGGGGAGUCGUGCUCUGUGCGGCUGUGCUUCUCUCCUCAGCUUUGGCUAAUAUAGAAAGCAGAGUAAGGAGGAUCACUUAUGUGCUCCAGCCGGGACCCCCGGGGAUCUACCAGCAGCAGCACCCUGUGCCACUCAGCCACAAUGUGGUGCUAAGCAGCGGGCAACAAGGCGCUGGCAGUCACAUGAGCACCCAGGAAAGGAGCCGCAGGAUGAGCCGGGUGAUCGCCAGCCCGUCCUUGGUGCAGAGGCAACAGAUCCCUGGGCAAAACGCGGCUUCCAUGGUGAGCCAGUACUAUUCCUUCUCCCGGGGCAGCGCGCAACAGGACGCACACAGAAGCCCCAGCCUGACGCAGACGCAGCACAAGUUCCAGCACCAAGGGGUUAAUAUCUGUGGAGGCAAAUGCUGUCAUGGUUGGAGCAAAUCUCCUGGAUCUGAACGCUGUACAAAACCAAACUGCAGCCCUCCAUGCCAGAACGGAGGAAUGUGCCUACGACCUCAUCUCUGUGUAUGCAAGCCAGGCACUAAGGGAAAAGUUUGUGAAGAAGGGCCAUCCCAAGACACCACUUUUACUGCCACCGGAGGUCAGGGUAAUGGAGUACCUGCUCAUGCACCUCCUCCUCGGCCUAUUCCUCAGCAAGCUGCUCCACAAUCCACUCCACAGAAGGUUUCUCAAGAAUCAAGCCCCGUGGGACAAGUGACACUAGCUCUCAAGCAAAAGUCACCAACACUGGUGACUCAACAGGUCCAACCAAUGGUGAUGUCCCCACAGUCUCAGCCUCUAACUAUGAAUUUACAGCAUGGUCAGACUCAGCAGUUCAUGAUUAAGCCUAAAUAUUUUUCCAGCUCCAAAAAAGUAUUGUUGGGAGAACAAUCUACAGAAGGGUCACUUCCACUCAGAGCAGGUCUGGAUAAUCUUUCAUCACAUAUUCAGUCACUGGGAAACCAGACAGGGCGCAUCAAGGUGGUCUUCACCCCCAGCAUCUGCAAAGUGACCUGCACCAAGCACCACUGUCAGAACAGCUGUGAGAAGGGAAAUACCACCACGCUUAUAAGUGAGAAUGGUCAUUCUGCUGACACACUCACAUCAAGUAACUUCCGAGUAGUGAUUUGUCAUCUACCUUGUAUGAAUGGAGGCCAAUGUACUGCCCGAGACAAAUGUCAGUGCCCACCGAACUUUACCGGCAAAUUGUGUCAGAUCCCACUGCAAAACGGCUUGCAAAAGCAAUAUCCACACCAACAGCCAGCCCAGAAAGCUACAGGAUCUCAAGUUAUUCAUUCCACUCACACAUUGCCCCUCACUGUGACUGGUCAACAAGGAAUUAAAGUUAAUUUUCCUCCAAAUAUGGUGAAUAUCCAUGUGAAACACCCUCCAGAAGCCUCUGUACAGUUCCAUCAAGUGUCCAGAAUUGAAAGUUCCUCAUCUACACAGAAGAAGGACAGCCAGAUAGGCCAGACACAGUUCUCUUACCACAGUACCCAAAAACAUCAGUUACCCCACAACACAUAUCCCCACCAGCAAUUCAUUCCAAAUGUGUAUCCAAUCUCUACCAAAAAUCAACUUGGGCGCUGUUUCCAAGAGACCGUGGGCUCACAGUGCGGUAAACCACUUCCAGGGCUUUCAAAGCAAGAAGACUGCUGUGGAACAGUCGGCACAUCCUGGGGCUUUAACAAAUGCAUGAAAUGCCCGAAAAAAACUAGCCAGCAUGUAUCUUCACAAAUAAUGGAAUGCCCUCAAGGGUACAGACGAAUUAAUGCCACAUUUUGUCAAGAUAUUAACGAAUGUCACAUGCAAGGUGUCUGCCCUAAUGGCGACUGUCUGAAUACCAUGGGUAGUUAUAGAUGUAAGUGCAAAGUUGGAUAUGUGCCAGAUCUGUCACUGUCUUCUUGUGUUGUUGAUAAUAACCCUAUUGUGUCUGAAGAGAAAGGUCCCUGUUACAGGUUUUUCAGUCCAGGAAAGCAAUGCAUGCACCCCAUUGCAGUACAGCUUAGUCAGCAAAUUUGCUGUUGUACCGUGGGAAAAGCCUGGGGCCCUUAUUGUGACAGAUGCCCUGUUCCUGGGACAGCUGCUUUUAAAGAAAUCUGCCCAGGUGGUAUGGGUUACACAGUCCCUAACGUACCCAGGAAUCCAAUACGUGUGCCACCACCUAACAGACCCAUCACAGUGCAGCCUCCAGUUCGAACAACACAUGCACCAAUCGUUACAAAGGAAGAACCCAUUGAAGCACUGUCUGUCUCUGAGAGAAACUACCCACAUGUGCCUGAAAGGAAAGGUGAAGCUACAGAUGAUGACCAGGCCCAUGUCCCAUUUGAAGAGAGACGUGUAGUGGAAGGUGGGCAGCCUCAGGUUUCCCCAGGAAUUUCGACUGUUAACCUCGAUGGACAAUUCCCAGUUGUCGUGGAAAAAUCAUCACCGCCUGUUCCUGUCGCCUUGGCCCCCGAUGUGUCUACAGCAAGCGCUAGUCAAGUUAUUGCCCCUACUCAAGUAACAGAGAUCAAUGAAUGUGCUGUUGAUGUUAAUAUAUGUGGAGAGGGUAACUGCAUCAACCUACCUGUGGGGUACACAUGUUUAUGCUUUACGGGAUAUAAGCUGAAUGAGCAGAAGACCAAAUGUGUUGACAUCAAUGAGUGUGCCGAGGAUCCACAUCUCUGCUCCCAUGGCCGAUGUGAAAAUACAAAGGGAAGAUUCCUGUGCAUUUGUCAUGCUGGAUAUAUGGCUAAUGAACAGGGAAUUGACUGUGUUGAUGUGAAUGAGUGUCUGAGACCACACGCCUGUGAGGAGGAUGGGCUCUGCAUUAACACGAUUGGUUCUUUCGGAUGUGAAUACUGUGAAAAAGGAUUCCGCCACAACCAAAGGGGUGAAUGUGAAGAUAUUAAUGAGUGUCUGAAUCAGUUAACUUGCCCGCAUGAUAGAUGUGUUAACAGUGUGGGUUCCUACUCUUGUGUUCCUUGUCCAGAUGGAUUCAACGGACUAAAUGGACAGUGCUUUGACAUCAAUGAAUGCCAGGAAGAUACCUCAGUGUGUGCCAAUGGCGACUGCUCCAAUCUUGAAGGAUCCUACAGGUGCACAUGUCAUAGGGGGUAUGAUGUAACCUCCGAUGGCAAACAAUGUAUAGAUAUAAAUGAAUGCCAGAGUGGUACUUUAUGCUUAAAUGGACUGUGCCAAAAUACUGAAGGUUCAUUUGAGUGCUCCUGCAAUGAAGGCUAUCAGCUAGCUCCAUCUGGGGACCAGUGCCAUGAUAUUGAUGAAUGCCAAAAUACAAACUUGUGCAGUAACGGACAGUGCAGGAAUACAAGGGGAUCAUUUUCUUGCAUAUGUCAUCAAGGUUAUAAAGUAUCUGCCGAUGGAGAGCAAUGUGAAGACAUAGAUGAAUGCCAGGAAGAGGCUGAAGUCUGCCUUGGAGGGGGCAGCUGCCACAACACUGAUGGCUCAUAUGAAUGCACUUGUCCAGAUGGCUUCCUACUGGUUGAUGGUAUACGGUGUCAAGAUAUUAAUGAGUGUGAACAGCCUGACCUUUGCAAUCCUAAUGGGGAAUGUCUCAACACUGAGGGCUCAUACCACUGCAUCUGUGAACAAGGCUUUACUACUUCAGCCAAUGGAAGAUCAUGUGAAGACGUUGAUGAAUGUGCUAACACUACGCAGUGCGGCAGUCAAGGUAUUUGUGAAAAUACAGAUGGCUCCUAUCGCUGCCUCUGUUACCAGGGUUAUCAGGACUCCUUCGAUGGGCAAGGGUGUGUGGAUGUGAACGAGUGUGAGAUGCUGAGCGGAGUUUGUGGGGAGGCCCGAUGCGAAAACGUGGAAGGCUCAUUCCUCUGUCUGUGUACUGAUGAAAGCCAGGAAUAUGACCCUAUGACAGGGCAUUGCCGAAACCAUAAUUUGCACGGCAUCAACUCCUUUGGAGACAGCAACACUGAUAGUUUGCUUAAUGCUUUCAGUCCCAGUGUUACCCAUAAUACAGAUGAAAAUGAUGAGGAUCAAAAGGACUGCUACUAUAAUAUCAUUGGGGACGACUUCUGUCAGAAUGUGCUGGCUGCCAAUGUUAGCAAGCAAGAAUGUUGUUGUACAUUAGGAGCCGGAUGGGGAGACAAUUGUGAGAUCUACCCUUGCCCAGUCAUAGGUUCUGAUGAGUUUACAGAGAUGUGUCCAGGAGGAAAAGGCUAUAUCCCAUCAAAGGAGUCCAUGUAUGAGGGCAAUGAUUUAUCUUAUCAAGAUGCUGAUGAGUGUAUGUUGUUUGGAAAAGAAAUAUGCAAAAAUGGCUACUGCCUGAACACAGAGUCCAGUUAUGAGUGCUACUGUAAGCAAGGCACAUAUUAUGAUCCUGUUAAGCUGCAGUGUAUCGAUAAUAAUGAAUGUGAAGACCCAAGCAGUUGUAUUGAUGGUCAGUGCAUAAACAACGAGGGAUCUUACAGCUGCUUCUGCACACACCCCAUGAUUCUCGAUGAAUCAGGAAAAAGGUGUAUCCAGCCAAAACCAGUGGAUACAAGUGAACCGACUGAAGAAACAGAUGUUUACCAAGACUUCUGCUGGCAAGAGCUCAGUGAGGAAUUUGUGUGUAGCCAGCCUUUGGUUGGAAGACGUACUACUUAUACAGAAUGUUGCUGCUUAUUCGGAGAAGCAUGGGGAAUGCAAUGUGCUCUUUGCCCUACCAAAGACUCAGAGGACUAUGCAGAACUUUGUAACCUUCAGUACAGAAGGCCAUAUGGACAUGAUGCACUUAUAGACCCUUACACAUCUCACGAUUCCGGUCCAUACGAGAUUCCAGAACGUUAUAGCUAUGAAGAGCUACAGGCUGAAGAGUGUGGCAUCUUAAAUGGAUGUGAAAAUGGAAGAUGUGUCAGAGUACAAGAAGGCUAUACAUGUGACUGCUUUGAUGGAUACCAUUUGGAUAUGGCAAAAAUGACUUGUGUUGAUGUCAAUGAAUGUAAUGAGCUAAACAGCAAGAUGUCUCUUUGCAAGAACGCCAAGUGUAUUAACACAGAAGGCUCCUACAAGUGUGUAUGUCUACCGGGCUACAAACCAUCUGCAAAGCCCAACUAUUGCACAGCACUGAACUCGGACAAAGAUGACAGUGAACUGGAGUAAAAAAAAAAAAAAAGAAUCAGCUACCUUUUUUCAGCCCAUAUACUCUGCACUGUAUAAAGGAAUGGGGACUGUGUAUGUUACUUGAGAUGAAGAUGGAACAGAAAUUAAACUUGAUGGUUUUUAUGAAAUUGCAUUGAGCGAACCAGGAUUUAGAGACUGUGAUGGUUGGCCUACUCCUCACCAGUUUCCGAAUUAUUACAGACCAAACGGACAUGUUUUCUCUAUGGGAAAAAACCCCAGAACCCAAGUGUAUUGUCUGAUUUUGCAUAAAUUUGUUGGAGAAAUGACAGAGUGUUUUUUGUUAUUUUAAACCGAAUGUUACUAUUUUCUACUAUUGCUUUAUUUACUUGGCAUUUUAAUAAUGGCUGGAGCAUCCUGUAACACUUGUUGACAAUGCAUCACGUUGGAUCCUAUUAUAUGACAGACCUGUCAAGAGGACAAUAUUUUUUUUUUUGCCAAUGUUUUCUAGGGCCAUUUUCUAAGAACUUCUCACACGGUUAUACUAUACUUUUGGAAAUAUAGGUCAGUGACUUUUUAUAAAUCUGUGUCUGUCCUGUGGAGCAGGCAACCUUUUGUUUUUGAUUCCUAUCUUGGCUGAAAAAAUGCAGCAAAUGUUUUUUAACCUUUCUUUUGUCUUGUACUGCACUUAAAUCCUUUCAGACUUUACUUGCCAAGUUUCAGAGCUGCUGGAGAGAAAUGUUAACCCCUUCUUGUACGUGUAAUUAGACAUAUAAACCCCCCUGCCCAUGUUUUUAUGUGUAAAUUGAUUAUGAAAAAGAUCUUGUUUUUGUUUCUUAACAUAUUAAAGCUGUAUAUUAUAAACCUCAAUAAUUAAAAUGAUAUAUAAAUAUACAUUUAGUUUGUAUAGGGAGCAACAAGUACACACAAAAACACACAUUUCCACAGCGUUGUCCUUAGUAGGUAGAGCUUUGGCAUUGGUUAAAAAAUAUGUAUGUACAGUAUGUAUUUGAUGCAUAUUAAACACGACUAGUGUAUUUAGAGAACAUCAGGGGGUAAAUUGGACAUUUGAUAUCAGAAAGUAAUUAAAGGCUAAUUUUAUUUGACCUUA